GCGCUGCCAAGGCUCUCCGCCCUCGCCUCGCUCCGCCGCCGCCGCAGCGAUCGCUGCCCCGCGCUCGGCGAGCAUGGAGGUGCAGCUGGGGGUCGGUCGCGUCUACCCGCGACCGGCGGGCAGGACCUUCCGCGGGGCUUUUCAGAGCUUCUUCCAGAGCGUCUGCGACGCUUUCCAGCCGCCGCGAGAGGAACCGGGUGCCGGGCAGCCGCCGCCAAGCGCGCCCUGCCCGCCGAGUCCCCGAGCGCCGCCGGACUCCCCCGCCUGCCUGCUGCCCGCGCCGGGCUGCCUGCCGUCCCCCGGGCCCCGCGCCGCCGGUAAGGCGCUGCCGGCCGCCGGCCCCGCCAUGGGCUCGUCCUUUCCCUGCGCCGGAGAGCUGAGGGAGCUACUGGGCGAGGCGGCUGCGAUUCCGAUGCUGCCGCCGCCCGAGACCGAGCCGGCGGACAAGGAAGAUCCGCUGGGCGACAGUGCCCGGCAGCUGUGCCGCGCCGUGUCCGCCUCCAUGGGGCUGGCGCUGGAGGCGCUGGAGACUCCGGCCGAGCAGCUGCCCCGCGAGGACUGCAUGUUCGCCGUGCCCGCCGGGCCGCCCCGCGCCCCGCGCCCGCCCGCCCGCGACCCCUCGCCCGCCUUCGAGGCCGCCCUGGCCGCCGAGCCGCCCGCCGGGCCGGGGCUGCCCCGCGGCUUCGGGCGCGUCAAGCUGGAGAGCGCAGCGGGGCCGGCCACGGGCGGCGGCUGGGGCGGCCCGUGUCGCUUCGGGGCCGAACUGGUCCCGCCGGGCCCCGCGCCCCCCUGGCCCACCUUCUUUGCCGAGGAGGGGCAGCUCUACGGGCCGUGUCCCGAGCCGCCCGCCGGGCCCGCCGACUGCCCUGCCGAUGCCUGGUACCCACCGGGCCGGGCGCCUUUCGCCGUCCCCGCCCCCGGCAUCAAGAGCGAGCUGGAGCCCUGGGUCGAGGGCUACGCCGGCGCUUACGGCGACCUCCGGUUGGAGACUGGCCGUGACCAUGUCCUGCCCAUUGACUAUUACUUCCCACCUCAGAAGACCUGUCUGAUCUGUGGGGAUGAAGCGUCCGGGUGCCACUACGGAGCCCUCACAUGUGGGAGCUGCAAAGUGUUCUUCAAACGGGCAGCUGAAGGUAAACAGAAGUACCUCUGUGCCAGCAGGAAUGACUGCACCAUCGACAAGUUCCGACGGAAAAACUGCCCCUCCUGCCGCCUGCGGAAGUGCUACGAGGCCGGGAUGACUCUCGGAGCCCGCAAGCUGAAGAAACUGGGUAACAUGAAGGCACAGGACGACAUGGAGGGAGCCAGCUCGUCCAGCCCAACGGAGGAGCAAGCUCCCAAGCUGGUGAUGACACGCAUUGACGGCUACGAGUGCCAGCCCAUCUUCCUCAACGUGCUGGAGGCCAUCGAGCCUGGUGUGGUGUGUGCUGGCCACGACAACAGCCAGCCUGACUCCUUCUCCAACCUGCUGACCAGCCUGAAUGAGCUUGGGGAGCGGCAGCUGGUCUACGUGGUCAAAUGGGCAAAGGCCCUGCCAGGAUUUCGCAACCUGCAUGUGGAUGACCAGAUGUCAAUAAUCCAGUACUCUUGGAUGGGCCUGAUGGUGUUUGCUAUGGGGUGGAGAUCCUUCACCAACGUCAAUUCCAGGAUGCUUUACUUCGCUCCAGACCUGGUCUUCAAUGAGUACCGCAUGCACAAAUCCAGGAUGUACAGCCAGUGCAUCAGGAUGAGGCACCUCUCCCAGGAAUUUGGGUGGCUUCAGAUCACACCCCAGGAGUUCCUCUGUAUGAAGGCUCUCCUCUUCUUCAGUAUUAUUCCAGUGGAUGGCCUGAAGAACCAGAAGCUCUUUGAUGAGCUCCGCAUGAAUUACAUUAAGGAACUUGACCGUAUCAUUGCCUGCAAGAGGAAGAACCCCACCUCCUGCUCCCGGAGGUUUUAUCAGCUCACCAAGGUCCUGGACUCUGUGCAUCCGAUUGCCAAGGACCUGCACCAGUUUACAUUUGAUCUCCUAAUCAAGGCACACAUGGUGAGCGUGGACUACCCAGAAAUGAUGGCUGAGAUCAUCUCUGUGCAGGUUCCCAAGAUCCUGUCUGGAAAAGUCAAGCCUAUCUACUUCCACGCACAGUGAUCUUUCAGAGGGACCCCCGUGCUGCCACCCCCAUUCCAGCCAUCUCCUGCCUGUUACUUCUGUACUACUGUCCUGCAGUGCCUUGGGGAAUCCCUCUGUGGUGGUGGCCAAGGGGACAGGCAGUGGCAGACUGCUGGGAUUCCUGAGAUUACUAUUUUCCUGAGGUACCUCUGAACUGAACCCCUGGUGCCGGCCUCUGCCUGGCUCCAGCUGCUCACGGUGGCAGUGUCUGAAUGUUCUCCUCUGUUUGUCACUGUGACUCCAGCAGCCCAGGGCCGCGGGACAGAAGGAGAAGUGCCAGUGGUUGAUGGGUUUGGGGUGAUUUUUAUAAAAAGAACACAACACUAAGCAGGUUGCAGCUCCGCAUUUGGGUGUGGGUUAUGUCGCCAGCCUCCUUCCGGAUGUUUUGUUUGCAUUAUGGUGCUGGGAAGCAGAUAAGUUCAAACACUGCCGAAGAGAAGCAGAGCAGAGCUGGGGGACAAGGCACAUUUGUGGCUGAGGAGUUCACGGGACCUGCAGCCACUGUGGGAUCUGCUCCGGUCAGCUCAGCCCUGGGACCCGCCUGCACUGCUGAGACACGAGCGACGGAGCGGACAGGCUGCACUGGAAGGCCUGCCAAGGAAGAUCACCUUGGAAAUGCCCCAACAACGCUUGGCUCCUGUUUUCCACCUGUGAUGUUCUUCCUAUGGCCUGUCCAGCUGGGUCUUGGUCUGCCCUGCAGACCCCUGGGUGCUCAGCAGUCACAUUCCUGUCCUUGCCAGCUGCUGCUCCCUGACAAAGCUGAACCCACCUCUGAAAGUGCCUGAUGCCCUCGGACCUCACACCUGCCUGGCUCCCCUGGGCACCUGCAGCCCCUGCCCCCACACCUGCUCUGCUCCUGUCAUGGCUCUGCAGACCUGGGAUUCCAGCUAUGCUCUUUCUCUUCAUUUGUCCCACAUAUUUUGUCCCAACUAUUUUUUUCGAGUACCAGCAGAUGAGUGCUCUGGAGCCAAGACCAAUGCCAGGGUCUGUAGGACUUGUGGGACCGUGGAACUCCUCUCUGAACCCUAUCCAUGGGGAGGUGGCUGUGGGAACUGGCUGCUGCCACCACGGUGCUUUGGGGGGCUGCAAGGGAAGCACCAAGAGACCCCCUGCUCUUGGAAGCAGCACACAGAGCUGCUGCUGAUGGCAGUGGCUGAUUGCAGCCCAGGAGGACACCAUUGUGCACUCACUGCCCCAUGUACGUGGUCCUGUAUGCACAACACCACCCACACACACCAUCCCAAGUACACUGCCACACACCCCAUCCCUUGUACACCACACACACCCCAUCCCUUACACACCACACACACCCCAUCCCUUACACACCACACACCAUCCCUUACACACCACACACACACCAUCCCUUACACACCAUACACACACCAUCCCUUACACACCAUACACACACCAUCCCUUACACACCACACACACCCCAUCCCUUACACACCCCAUCCCUUACACACCACACACCCCAUCCCUUACACACCACACACCAUCCCUUACACACCACAUCCCCCAUCCCUUACACACCACACACCAUCCCUUACACACCAUACACACACCAUCCCUUACACACCACACACACCCCAUCCCUUACACACCACACACACCCCAUCCCUUACACACCACACACACCCUCCCUUACACACCACACACACCCCAUCCCUUGCACACCACACACACCCUCCCUUACACACCACACACACACCAUCCCUUGCACACCACACACCAUCCCUUACACACCACACACACCCCAUCCCUUACACACCACACACCAUCCCUUACACACCACACACACACCAUCCCUUACACACCAUACACACACCAUCCCUUACACACCAUACACACACCAUCCCUUACACACCACACACACCCCAUCCCUUACACACCCCAUCCCUUACACACCACACACCCCAUCCCUUACACACCACACACCAUCCCUUACACACCACAUCCCCCAUCCCUUACACACCACACACCAUCCCUUACACACCAUACACACACCAUCCCUUACACACCACACACACCCCAUCCCUUACACACCACACACACCCCAUCCCUUACACACCACACACACCCUCCCUUACACACCACACACACCCCAUCCCUUGCACACCACACACACCCUCCCUUACACACCACACACACACCAUCCCUUGCACACCACACACCAUCCCUUACACACCACACACACACACCAUCCUUUACACACCACACACCCCAUCCCUUACACACCACACACCAUCCCUUACACACCACACACACACCAUCCCUUACACACCACACACCCCAUCCCUUACACACCACACACACACCAUCUUUUACACACUGCCCCAUACCCCAUCCCAUGUGCAUCACCCCACACACCCAGCCUGUCCCCAGCACACACACAGAGGUCAGGACUACGUGCCCUGUGGUGUUUUAGUUCCCCUCUUCCUGCACAUCUGAGUACAUCAAAACCACGUGCCCGGACCCGGACAGGCUGUCAGUGACCGCACACACACAGGCUGGUGCCAGGGUCACACAUGCCAUCGUGGGCUGUGACAUGGCCUGGCAUCACCAACCCAGACAUCUGUGAGGGAUUCUUGUGCUGGCACAGACAAACAGCAAACUCUGCACCCUCCCAGGGCAGUGAGCACACUCAGAGCGCUGUGCCCACACAGACCCCUGUGCCCACCCAGAGCCCAGCUCAGCUGUCCAGGAAAUGCCAUCAUGGUGCAGCUGCUCCUUUACAUACUUGGAGUAACACAAACAAUUUCCCUGAUACUUUCCAAACUUUUGAUGGGAUUUUCAUUAUAAGAAGGAGUGGAGGAAAAGCCCCUGUGGAAGUGGAGGAUCUUUCUUUGCAAUGGUUUUUCUUCCUCUGCUAGAUAUGGCUCUGAUCCUGCUCCUCCUCCUGAAAUCCUCUCAUGCAGGCAGCAACAGAACCCAUAGGUGACCCUUCUGGUUGGCAGCCAUCAGGUUGCUGCUCUCAGAGGCUCCCUCAUGCCAGGGGGCUGCUGGCAUUUUCAGUGCUGGUGUGAGCUACAGAUAUUUGCAAAUGAACCAGUAAAAAAUUCCAGCUGGUGCAUCCCUGUCUUCUGGAAAUUUCCCUGGCUUUUCACAUCAGAGCUCAGUGAGCAGAUGAGUGGUGAUACCCAGUCCCUGGUAUCAGCUCAGGAUGGCUCCAAGCAGUUGGAACAUCAGUUUGGGAGAGCUUUGUGCUUCACACAGGCUCAUGUCAGUGAAGGUUUGGUUGGUUAAUGAGUGUGGCUAUGUCCUGCUGGGUGUUCAUCUGCUGGGAGACUGGAAAGAGGCCAAACCUCACAGGGAUUUGCCCACGCUGCUUUCCUGGUGGGAGCACCAUGUGAAUGAGAAGCAGGGGAGCAGGGGAAGGAUUCUGCCCAUGUAUCACCUGCCCAGUGUGUGUCACCUGGUGUGAAGCUGCUUUGGACAGUGAGUGCUGAGCGGGGCAGGAGCUCACGGGGAGCACCCCCAGCCCAGGACAGAGGGGCAGUCAGGGGCACUGAGGUCAUGCUCUCUGUCUCUUCAGUAUCACAGUAAACUUCUGCAACUUGUUAAUUCAAAA